AGCGAUCCUCCUGUCUCAACCUCCCAAGUAGCUGGGACUAUAGGUGCAGCCAUUUUGGGGGGUGCUGAUGGAUACCUAUGGGGUCGGCUGUGUUGCCUUGGGGGAGGCCGGCCCCGUGGGAAGCAUGACUGUGGUAGACUCUCCUGGACGAGAAGUGCUAAACCAGCUUGAUGUCAAGGCCUCAGAAACGACCAGUGUGGAGGCUUCCAUAGAGAUGUCAUUACCUCCCUCUUUGCCUGGAUUUGAGGAUUCUCCUGAUGAGAGGAGUCUUCCUCCAGAGCCAGAGAGCCUCUCCAGACUGGAACAGCAAGAUCUUUCUUCAGAGAUGUCAAAGGUCUCAAAGCCUAGGGCCUCAAAGCCUGCCCGGAAGAGAGGUAGUAGGACACGAAAAGGCCCCAAAAGGCCCCAGCAGCGUAAACUUCCAUCAGCCCCUCUGGUUCCUGGUCUCUUAGAUCAAUCCAACCCUCUAUCUGCCCCCAUGCCUAAGAAAAGAAGUCAGAAGUCCAAAGGAGACCUGCUACUGCUGAAGUUGUCAAAAGGCCUAGAUCAGCCAGAGUCUCCAMCUUCAAAGAGGCCCCCUGAGGACUUUGAGACCCCUUCUGGGGAACGACCCCGCCGAAGGGCUGCCCAAGUGGCACUUCUGUAUCUUCAGGAACUGGCUGAAGAACUCUCUUCUGCCCUGCCUGCUUCAGUCUCCUGUCCUAAGAGCCCCAAAGUGAGCAGCCCUACCAAACCGAAGAAGAGCCAGCAGCAGGCAAUCUGUCAGGGUGGAGAAGAGAAUACUGCUGCACAGGAUGAAGACUUUGUGCUCCAGGUUGAGGCUGAAGAGGGGGAAGAAAGUGAGGCUCCAAGCGAGAGUUCAUCUGACCCCGAGCCUGUGGCACCCCGAAGCAACCCACGAGGAUCCACUUCAGGGAAGCAGAAGCCACACUGCCGGGGAGUGGCUCCCAAUGGCUUACCCAAUUACAUCAUGGCCCCUGUUUGGAAGUGCCUCCAUCUCACCAAGGACCUCCGAGAACAGAAACAUUCAUUCUGGGAGUUUGCUGAAUGGAUUCCUSUAGCCUGGAAGUGGCACUUGUUGUCUGAACUUGAGGCAGCUCCGUACUUGCCCCAGGAGGAGAAGUCUCCGCUAUUUUCUGUACAACGUGAAGGGCUUCCUGAGGAUGGCACACUGUACCGAAUAAACAGAUUUAGCUCAAUCACAGCACAUCCAGAGCGCUGGGAUGUGUCCUUCUUCACAGGGGGACCACUUUGGGCUCUGGACUGGUGCCCAGUGCCAGAGGGGUCAGCAGCUUCGCAAUAUGUUGCCCUUUUCUCAAGCCCUGAUAUGAACGAGACACACCCACUGAGUCAGCUUCAUUCAGGCCCUGGGUUGCUGCAGCUCUGGGGCCUUGGGACUUUGCAGCAAGAAAGCUGUCCUGGCAACAGGGCCCACUUUGUCUAUGGGAUUGCUUGUGAUCACGGCUGUAUCUGGGACCUCAAAUUCUGCCCCAGUGGAGCAUGGGAACUUCCAGGCACCCUUCGAAAGGCUCCUCUCCUGCCUCGGUUGGGUCUCUUGGCUCUUGCCUGCUCAGAUGGGAAGGUGCUGCUAUUUAGUCUGCCGCAUCCUGAGGCCCUCCUGGCUCAGCAACCCCCAGAUGCGAUGAAGCCCGCCAUCUAUAAGGUACAAUGUGUGGCAACCCUUCAGGUGGGAUCUAUGCAAGCUUCAGAUCCCUCUGAGUGUGGUCAGUGCCUUAGCCUGGCCUGGAUGCCCACCAGGCCCCACCACCACCUGGCUGCUGGAUAUUAUAAUGGCAUGGUGGUUUUCUGGAACCUUCCCACUAACUCGCCCCUUCAGCGAAUACGGCUCUCUGAUGGCUCCUUAAAGCUCUACCCCUUCCAGUGUUUCCUAGCCCAUGACCAAGCUGUACGUACACUUCAGUGGUGCAAAGCUAACAGUCAUUUCCUAGUCUCCGCGGGAAGUGAUCGGAAAAUCAAAUUCUGGGACCUUCGACGACCUUAUGAACCAAUCAAUUCUAUCAAGCGCUUCUUGAGUACAGAGCUAGCCUGGCUGGUCCCCUACAAUGGUGUCACUGUGGCUCAGGACAACUGCUAUGCCUCUUAUGGACUUUGUGGAAUUCAUUAUAUUGAUGCUGGUUAUCUUGGCUUCAAGGCCUACUUCACAGCUCCUCGAAAAGGCACUGUUUGGAGUCUUUCAGGAUCUGACUGGCUUGGGACAAUAGCUGCAGGAGAUAUAUCUGGGGAGCUCAUUGCAGCUAUAUUGCCUGAUAUGGCAUCGAACCCAAUAAAUGUCAAGCGACCUGCAGAGCGAAGAUUUCCUAUAUAUAAAGCUGAUCUGAUGCCAUAUCAGGACAGUCCUGAAGGUCAAGACCACUCUUCUGCUUUAUCUGGGGUCCCCAAUCCUCCCACAGCUCGAACUUAUGCUGAAACUGUCAACCAUCACUAUUUGCUCUUUCAAGACACAGAUUUGGGUUCCUUCCACAAUUUGCUCCAUAGAGAACCAAUGCUGCGCAUGCAGGAAGGAGAAGGGCAUUCUCAGCUGUGCCUGGAUAGGUUGCAGCUCGAGGCUAUUCAUAAGGUACGUUUCAGCCCAAACCUGGACUCCUAUGGAUGGCUGGUAUCUGGGGGGCAGUCAGGGCUGGUUCGGAUCCAUUUUGUCCGUGGACUCACCUCCCCACUGGGCCACCGUAUGCAGCUUGAAAGCCGAGCACACUUCAGUGCUAUGUUCCAAUCAUCCUCCCCAACUAAAGGGCCCAGCUUCCCUCCAGCCAGUCAUCGCCUUCUGUCCAAUCCUUAGUCUUAGUCCACACARGACCCUUGGAAUGAAAUCUGCCAAGAACAAAUGGCCUCCAUGCGCAGAGCCAUAGGAACUGGGGCCUUCCUGGACAGUGAUGGCACUAGGACUGGACCUUUAGGCCUGCUUCCCCAGGACUCCUUAGAUCCCUCUCCUUCUACUGACUUCUAUGGUCACAGUCCCCUGCGGGCAGGGGGGCUCUCCCCCCACAAAGGCUUUUAAGCCUAAAACUAUGGCUCACAAGUAACACUCAGGCCUAACAUAGGCUUGGGAGUCCAAUUGCUCAUAUUGAGCAUAUUGUGAAGUGGGUAAAGCUAAGUAAAGGUACUGGGUGUUUUUGAGACCACUUGUGAGUGGGUGUUUGGAGAAUCACAAAGACUUAUCUGCAUGAAGGCUUCUGUCUGUCUUCGAGGAUCCAAUGUUACUGCCUUCCCAAACUUCCUCUUUAGAGUAACCAACACACAAGCCCAAGAGGAGUGACAGUAAUUUAUUGGACUGAAGCUGCUCAUAGUACCUCUUUAACUGGAGAACACCACAAACACCCUACCAGUAGAACAGUGGCUUAGCUCUUACUUGCUCCUGCUUAUGAACUAUUCCUGAUCAUUGGUCACUUGACCCUACUUGAACACUCCUAGACAGUCGUGUUUUAAAAAUCUUCCUUUAUAUCAAGUCAGAGUAUACCUCUUAUUAAUUUUACUUUUGGGUAUUAGGAAAUCUAGACAUUCUUCCCUGUGAUUGCCCUUUUAAGUAUUUAACAAUAGCUAUCAUGUGUUUCCCUAGUAUUUUUCCUCUAGAUUAAAUAUCUUCAGUUAUUUCAACCAUUCUUUUACACGUCAUGAUUCUUGAUCCUUCAUGAUAUGGUCACAUUGUUGACUUAUUAAAAACGUUUAUUUAAACUUUACRUAUAGGAAGUGUUUAGAACAUAAUAAGUACAGUAAUGUAUUAUCUUGAUAUUGAGUCCUCUUGUGGGAUACUGUAGACUUGUAGUGACUAUGAUAUUGCCUCCUAAGCACAAAUUGAUCCCUGCAAGGUAGAAUAGGAAAACCAUAGACUUAAGAUGCAUAGGAAUAAUGGCUGUGGUUUGGAGGGAAGCAGAUGGAGGGAAGUAGUUAGAUGACCUAAAGGAAUGGGGAGGGGGAAGCCUGUUGGAGGGAGUAGAGCUUAGUGUCUGCCUGAAACAAAGACCUCUGAUGCUCCAAACUGGUCAUAUAUCUGGGAACAAAUUUCUUCCUGUUUAAUUUAGUCAAUUUAUCAUAUAUCAGAAAACCUUUAAGAAGGCAAUCAAGUGAGUAAUUCAGUCCCUGUCCUAUACAAAAGAAAAACAGAAAACCCAGGUUCCUUAGCAGCCAAGGAAUCAUAACUCACAUCAGUGCAGAGGCACCAAGCGUGCACCCUCCUAUUGUAACCCAACUCAAGUUGUACCAGUUUUGCUUUUUGAGCUGACAGGAAAGUGCCUUGCACUAAGAGAAGCUUUGCUCUACAGAGCAACCUCUUGAUGCCAUUCAGCAGCCCCUUUUCUAUUUCCAGUAAUAGAAAAUGUGUGGACCUGGUGAUACAUAUAGUUAGGUUGUAGGUUGGUGCCAGCCAUAGUUGCUCCUGCUGUUGAGUGUCAGCCCUAAUCUCAACCUCCAAAAGAAAAUAAGAAUGAUGCUUUCAGGUCUUGAUCUUUUUCUUUCCCAUAAAUACUGUCUCCAGGCCACUUAACUUCUAACCUAUCCUUUCAAUAUAUAUAGUUUAUACUCCAUUCCUGCACCCUUCUAUCUUCGUGUUUUUGUUCACAUUAUUGCCUUCUCUAGUACUGUCAUUUCUGUCUCCAACUUAAUCUAUUCAUCCUUCAAGAUCCUGGCUCAGGGGUGUACCUCUGGGGGUGGAGCAAGAGUUAAGCAAUGUGCAAGGCCCUGGGUUCAAUCCCCAGUACGG